AUGCGACUGGAGCUUCCCGAUCAAAGGGCUCAACUUCGCAAAGCUUCAUCCAUCCAACCCACAACCAACUCGAGAAGUGUCGCCAUGGCCAUUGAUGAUGCCUCACCACAGGCAGGGGGCUACCCCGACAAUCAUACCCGAGCCAGCCCCCAAACCGAACAAUCACUAGGCCCCAACCCCGCAAUGGCUGGCAACUUCCACUUGCAGGUGCGGCCGGAGCUAGUGGUGAAGCCUGACCUGUUUACGAUGACCUUCGGAUUCUUCGGGCGCAGGAACUGGCAGCGAAGCGUGGCAUACACGAUGAUGGAGCGCGUGGAGAAUUCGUGGCUUCUCACGGGCCGCGCUCUUACACAGGACGAGUUGGACGCGUUCACUACCUACUCGACACGGACCCUGUACUACCGGCGCAUGGGUGUACCUCUUUCAUCUUUCCUGGGAACGGCAUAUCUCUACUACAAAGUACGCAAGGACGCUGGUUUGCCGUCCAAUGCUAGUCCAGCCUCAGUUUUUACCUUCCUCCGCAAUCAAGCCCGGGUCGAUAAAGCUGGGUUCCGGUCCAUGGUUGCUGCAAACGCUUUCAAAAUGCUCUUCAUCACGACAACGGGCGCCCUUGUUUCCGGAUUCGCUGCCCUAUACUCAGAGACCACGAAUGUGAUUGUGGAUCCCCGACUGAGGGGCUUUGUGGAGGACAUGAGGGGCCAGAAGCCCGAGGAAGUGCGACAGCGUAAGCUCAAGGCCGCUAGCGAACGGAUACGUCGCAUGCGCGGCGGCGAGAAGGAUAUUGAGGGCUACAUUGUUGAGGAACUGCAACAUCCCGGUUCCCACCCGGAGCAAACCGAUCAAGACUCUUACGUGUACGAGAGCACUCCCUCUGGUAGCGAUAUGACAUACAACAGCUCGGAAAACGACCAGCAGAGUGCCUCGGCUGGCCAACAACGCUCUGUGGCGGAAGCUCCACGCAGGUCGUGGGGCUACGGUGGCCAGGCCGCAUCCCAGCAGGGAGCAUCUGGCGAGUCUUCUGCGGACUCUGAUUAUUUCUUCGGCGGCAAGGACGACGAUGCCAGCCCCACGGCUCCGGAAUACAGAUAUACGAAUCCUGAUGGUUCGCCUGCCGGGAGUGCCUGGGAUCGUCUGCGUCGACAAAACGCCGGACAAAGCUCACGGGCUCCCUCGCCCCAGCAAGCUAGGCCGCAAUGGGGUCAGCAGCAAGAUUCUCCUAAUUCACCAAGUUAUACACCCGCCGGUGAUCGAGAUCAAUACGACUCGAAUAGAAGCCGCGAGAAGGAGCAGGCGCAGGCUGAUUUUGACCGCAUGAUGGAAGCAGAGAGAAAUGCUUCUCACAAUGGAUCGUCGCAGAACCGGGGUUGGUGA